GCUACCUACCGGCAUCCGUCUAGGCAAAAAUUUGGUCUUUUGCUUGUCGAUCGAAACUUAUUAAAAUUAUUAAUAAAUUCAAUAAAUAAGCAAUAUCUUGUGCUGAGUGCGUAUGUAAUUUAUUUCAUAAUAUAAUUUUUGAACUAAGUAAAUAACUCUACAAGAAAUACAGAGGGAGCAGGUUAGUACAAGUGCUAAGAUGGAGGGAAUACAUGAAGCUCUAACACCUAUUUCUUGGCUUUCUGGGCGUUGGAGCACUAAGGAUGGGCAUGGGACUUACCCAAAUAUCAGUGAUUUUAAAUAUCAUGAAGACAUUGAGUUUAUUUGUAUUGGACAACCAAUGUAUAACUUCUCAUCACUAUCGAAACACCCUGAGAAGCAGACCCCAAUGCACCAGGAACGUGGCUUUCUUCGCAUCAAGCCCGGCACGAACGAGUUAGCUUUUAUGGUUAGCCAUAACUUUGGGCUCACAUCCCACGAGGAAGGCACAUGUGACGUAGAAAAGAAGGAGAUAGUCUUAGAAACUGUGACCAUCAACAGAAUGUCAUUCGCCAAACCGCCAGUGGUGAAAAAAUUCAAAAGAAUCAUGAAACUAGUGAUGCCAGAUACACUGGAAGUGACUUUGUUUAUGGAAACAGAGAACACUCCAUUGUCUGAACAUCUGAAAGCUGUUUAUAAAAAAGUUGAAGGAUAAGAAUUGAAGAAAAAAAUAUCUAAACCAAUUUGUAUGGUUGUCUGGGAAUCACUUGAGUUUCUUUAGGAAUGGUGAUAUGGCAUGUAUCAUGGAGGUUAUCAAUUCUUAUGUACUCAAGAAUAUGUAAAGGUGGUGAAGUUGGAUCUCUCAAUGCACAAAGAAGCUUUUUAUUGUAUCACAUUAAAAUAUUGUUAUGUUAAAA